AAAAAAUCGACCCCUUCCCAUAAAUCCAAACCGCCAAAAAAACGAUAAAAACGGUUUCGGGACUAUUUUCAUUUCAAAUUGUUCGUCUUGACAAAUUUGAUUAAACCCACCAUGUACGGACAAAAUGCAAAUAAAAAUUUGCAUGAAACCCGCAAAAAGACCGAAAUCCCGCCAUAAUAACAUACCCCCCUCUUGGGAAUAAAAGUGUCGUCUGCUUUUGGCGGGUAAAUAGAUAACUUUUUUUCCAAAACGGCUGAUGGCUGCACGAAAAAUAGUUCAGCAAGUAAAUUGCCAAAAAUGUGGUCGUCGUGUGAAAUUCUGGUCUCGUGGCUUAUGCUCUUCAUGCUGUUAGAUUUGAGGCCUGAGACAGCCAUAGUAAUCAACAAGAUGUGCAAGUUCUGCUGGUACCUGUCUUCAGCAGCAAUCUCAGCAUCAUCACUAGGAUAACCAGCAUCCCGUUCCAUUGGAGAAACUACCCAGGAUGUCAGUUACAGAUCUUCCUCUUUCUCUAAAUGUUCUCGUGUACGCCCAUGCGAGUGUGGGUGUAUUCACGAGGACACCCUUUCAAUUCCCUAUCCCGCCUGGUGUCUUCAAGUUAUCAGCGGAUGGAUGGAUGGAGCACAUGUGGAUGGAUCCAGCCUUCAGCUUAUCAGCAGAUGGAUGGAGCACCUGUGGAUGCCUGGCCGUAAUUCCCAGGCAUUAAGAUUGGAUAUGUUAAUCGGCAGGUGAAAUUGCCUGGCCUCGUCCGUCCGAGAGACUAGCAGCCAAAGCGAGUCGUGAAAAAAUACCUUUGCCGAGAUUAGCACGAGAAAAAAACCGGUCCGUCGGUCGGUUGCAAAACCACACGGUACUUAUCGCCCGUUGGUGAUCUCUACAACCGACACACGAUGGACCUAGCCGGGGCGUUGCGAAUGGACGACCUGUCCAAAACAGAUUUGUUCGAUUUUGUCUGUCCCGACACGCCGGCUGCCUUCCGCCUGAGGGAUUUAGGCUUACAUCUCUUCCCUGUCGAAGAUGAUUCCUCAUCAGUCGGCCCGGCAGCGGCUGGACACCAUCAGCAUCAACAGAGUGGCAGUGCCAGUGGGACCGGAGACGGUGGUAAGCAGCAACUGGGCAGCCACCUUCAUCAUCACCACCAUCACCACCUCCAUCAGCAGCAGCAACAACAUAAUCAUUCCGGCGGAAUGCAUUUCGAGUGGUUAGCCGGAACGCCCAGCCCGGACGAAGGGUUCGGCAGCAGCGCCAACAGUGUGGAAGGCAACAGUAGUAGUGGCAGCAGUAGCACCAGUGGUGGCCGCACUGACGACGUCUUUUGUGACGAUUUGGAUAACAGCGGCUGGACCAAAACGGGUGGCAACAACAACAACAACAGCGGAGGAAAUUCCAACGGCCAGGACUAUCACCAUCAGCCUCAGUGCGCUUCAUCCAUGGAGGCGGAUUCGACGGUCGAGCCCAAGCACCAACAACAUCACCACCACCACCACCAAGAAUUGCAGCAACAACAACAGGAGCAGACGAGCAACUACUUGUCGUGGGAACAGGAGCACAACAGCAAAGGCCAAUCGUCCAACGUCAACGUCGAGCCGAUGGACUUGGACGCCCUGUUGCAGAUUGUGGGUUUGCCCAGCUCGGGUGACGGCAUGUCGUCUGGGCAGCACAUCCACACUGGCAGUUUCCUCUUUGGCCCUCACGACACGCUCAGCAGCGACCACUACGGCUCCCCGGACCAGUACGGCGACUCUCCCAUGGUCGUCAAGGCCAGCGCCGUUCUGCAAGACGAGAGCGAAGGCAAUUCCAGCGGCCAGCUCUUUCGCAACGAUCCCUUUCUAACCGCCACCGACGUCAAAUUCACGCUGGAAUUCGCCACCAUGCCCACGCUGGCCACGCUAUCACCUCUGCCGCCCGUCUCGACGCUCAAGCCCAUCGGCGGCGGCGGCACCAACAACUUUGGCGGCGGCGGUGGUUCCGACUCGCUUUUGCGCAGCGCCCUCCAGGGCAAACAAGUGGCGACGGCCGGUGGCGUACCGGUUUCGGCGACGGCCACCACCACUCCGUUAUCGCCCAGUUAUCAAACCAGCAAGCCGUCGGCCCAUCCGGAACUGCGCAAAGCACUUUCGACGCCCGUCCACAGCUUCAAAUCCGUCAAGGUGGGCAACAGCAUGGAGAAUUCUGUGUCUGUCCAUUCGGCCGAUCCGGCGACUCCACCGCUGACUCCGCUCAGCAGCGCCUUGUCAUCCAGCAAUCACACCUACGGCGAUUGUUCCAGCCCACAGCAGCAACAGCAGCGACACCAUUGCUUGCUGGACAGCAACGCGGCUUCCAGCCCUAUGAGUGACAUCAGUUCGAGAACUUCACCGGUCCGGUCUGGCGGUGGCAACGUCAUGUACGACAAUCGGCACGACGUUGGAGGUUCCACCACCACCUUGAAGGAAUCUGGAAAUGGCAAUACCAUCAUGUCGAUAGGCAACAUCUUUUCCGGCGACUACCAGUACGAGGGACCAGACGGGCGGACGGGCAGCAGCAGCAGCGGUGGCGGUGGCCAUCCGGUGGGCGAGGAGAAUUGCCUGACGACCAUCGAGGACCUUUUGAUGUGCAACAUUGAGGAUUUGGACAAGAUCAAGACCUUCGAAAAAGAGGUGGUUGAAUCUUUGAAGCAGCAGCAGCACAUGUGCACGACGGGGGCCACACCCAACGGUGAUUUUGCGUCAUCGACGGGAGCGUCCUCGACGGGAGUUCCGUCGACCCUGGCCGGAAAUUCGCCGACGGCGACGGCAAGGCCACCAACCGGUAGUGGCGUUGCCCAACCCGUUGCCAAGACCCGCAAAAAGCGCGGGUCCAAGAAGAAGAAAUUGACGGAAUUGGCGGCCCAGCUGGCCAACGACGAUGACUCGAGCCGAUUGCUGGAACCUGGAGAGGCGGUCGGAGUAGAGACGGGUACCCGGCGGGAGCGGCUGCUUCACUAUUGCAGCAUUUGCACCAAGGGCUUCAAAGACAAGUACUCGGUCAAUGUGCACAUACGAACGCACACGGGAGAGAAACCCUUUUCCUGUCCACUGUGCGGCAAGAAUUUCCGCCAAAAGGCUCACCUGGCCAAACACCAGCAGACGCACACCAAAAUGUCGGCAGGAGUCACCAAGAGCAAACGGUGAGGAGGAGCCCCGCCGCCGGGAGGAUUAAAACAAAUGAUGAAGCCCACCUUUUUUCUCUCAAUCCCUCAUCGUGAUUGGCAAUCAUGUGACUCUCACUCUCUUUUCGACUUGCACUGCCUGCAUCAAGCAAUAACAUUAAUGAUGAUUGAUCGAAUAACCUUGAUUUUGUUUAUAAAGCGAAGGAACUACAACAACAGAAUGGAACUUUUAAAGAUAAACAGCAAAAUUUUAAAAAAUGGAAAAAAAAAUUAAAUGAAGGGGUGAUUUGGUACUUUUAAUGUUUAAUGCUGUUUUGUGACAUCAAUCAUCGAAACAUCUCUUUUCGACUGUGAUCCGUAGGCGACAAAUGAAGAUGAUUUUCAACGUUCUGGUAUAACCUUCCUAUGUGAAAUGUGUGUGUUCUAACCUUCGAAACUUGGAAUUUUGAAUCGUUUUUUUAAAUGGAAAUAAUUUUUUCGCUAAUAUUUCUUUUAAUUGAGAAAAAAAAAUCAUUAAUGAACUUUUCUACAAAUUUGUAAGCGAUGAAAUCGUGUUUUUUUUUCUCUCGAAAUUCUACGUGUCCAAUUCAGUGCGUGUUCACUCCAACAUUUUGUCUGUCCAAUUUUUAAAAGUCUUCGUCCAUCUAGAUUAUUCAAAACGAGACACAAAACCGAAAAAAAUUUAAUAUAGAUACAAAAAUAUUUUAUAUAAUGAAAUGAUGUUUUUUUUCCAGACAUUUUGCGAUUUUUCACUUUCAUCUUGGGGAAGAAAACAUCCGAGGGCGACAUUGGCUUUCUUAUUCUUUACCCAGUAUGUGUGAUUGAUCCUUCUAUCCAUUUUUGGAAUUUUAUUGUCGAAUUAUUCAUGUAAAACCCUUGUAGUUACGAAUGUUUCAUGUACUUUAUAUACUUAACAAUAACGAAAAAAGAAAAAUAAUUGGCGUUGACCAAACAGCCCCGCCCGAAUCACGAAUGGUAACAGACUACAAACUUAAAAAAAAACACUUUUAAAUGAGAAGGACCUGCCCCAUGUUUUUUCGUACUGUUUUAACAUGGUUACCCCUACCCCCCUACUGUGUAUCAAUACUCAAGCUUUUUGCUAAGGCUUCGUUUCGUUGGGUGCAUAGCGUGUAUCGACUCAAAUGUCCAUCCUAGAACUAGUCAUUCCUAGGUUGUUGUUUUUCAAUUUUUUUCAAAUUCAGUUUUCAGCAGAUUUUCAAAUUAUCUCUAAAAUCUCCCCAUCUAUCCCGGAAAUACUGUCCUUUUAUUUUCUCUCCACAUAAAUACACUCUAUUUUUAACUGAUUUUUAAAGCCUUAUUUUGAAGUCGAUUCUUGUAGUGCCAAGUAGCGCGACGUUGGACGACGUAUGAGCUCAUGCAUUAUGCAAUUCUCUCACGUAACAGACAUCUUUCUCAAUCUACCACUACUUUUUUUUAACUGAACAACAUGAUCAUCGCCAAACGUGAAUUGUCUCUCUUUUAAAAUGUGUUAUGUAUUUUCAUCCAUUUCGUAUCCCAUUUUGUAACAGAGUACUACUACAUGUGUGCCCAACAGAAAAGUUUAGCAAUGAGCCCUCUCUCCUUUCACAUGUCCUUUCUCAUGUUUAAGUCUGGCACUUAUAUAAAAUAUACAGAAAAUUUACUUUUA